ACAGAAGAAGACUGUUAAAUUAAUAACUGUCAUGAGAUUGUCACAGUGGCAGGUGAUCUUUUAUUUGUAUUUUGCAAGUUGUACGUGUAUAAAUUCAAAUAAUAUUUAUUGAUUUAUGUAACUGCAUUAACAAAAUAUAUGUUUAUGUAUACAAUAUUUUUAAUAAUAUAACUUCAUCAACGUGCAAUGGAUAUGGGAUACAAACAAUUUUCAAUUUUAAUUAUAUUCACUUUUUGUCUAACAUGUUGUGAACUAUAUAGAAGUCCUAUAAUCGGUGUGCAAGAGCGAUGUCCUAGACUAUAUUCACAAACUUUUACAGGAUGCAUACCAAGAGGAAAUCUAAGUGCAGGUGUUUUUGAAGAAAUUUUAGACGCCAAUGAGCUGAAAAUGUGUGUAUUGGAAUGUUGUUUAAAAGAAAUUUGUAAUGUAGCAUUCAUGCACAACAAUAAAUGCUAUCAUAUAACAUGUACUAAUGACGAACUCUGUUUACCAACUUCCUCAACCAAUUUAAGUAUAUCAGAUAAACUUUAUUUAGUUUUAAUAAAGCCAGUGACUGAGGAUAAAUCGUGGGAGGACAUACUGAGGCAACAAGAUCUUUCUACUAAUCAAGAAGAUAAAGACAUUUUAAAUAUUUUGAAUGACAGAAAAAUAUUUGAAGAUGCUUUUAGAGAUCUACUAAAAGAAGAAGAAUAUGAGAGAGACAUGUAUUGUGAAGUUGGAAAUAAUUGUCUAGCUAACGAAGAGUGUGUUAGGCAUGCAAAAUCUAGAACAGGUAUCUGCCAGUGCAUUGAAGGAUAUAGUCGUAAUUCCAAAGGCGAUUGUAUUCCUACAUUUUCUGAAGAAACGACUCUUCAAGGCCUUCCUAGUCUUCUGUCAGAACGUAUUAUAGAUAUUGAUAACAAAUCAUUACCAGUAACUCCUAAAAUGGUCAUUGUGCAAGCUGAAUCAAAAGAAGUUAGAUUACCUGUCUCUGAAGUUAAUUUAGAUGCCAAAGUAUUGGAUGAUUCAAAUAGUAAAUACCAAUAUGAAUGGACUUCACUCCAUCAACCUGAAGGUAGUACUGCUGUCAAGCAUCAAAACGAAGGGCAACUACAUCUAGAAAAGCUAACAGAAGGACUCUAUUCAUUCAAGGUUGCUGCAUCAAAUCCCACAUCUUAUGGUGAAACUUUUGUAAACGUUACAGUAUUGCCAGCUAAGAGAAUAAAUAAACCACCAAAUAUUAUCAUAACUCCGGCCAAUCAGACAAUAAAACAACCAAAUUCAGCUGCUGUUUUGGAUGCUUCUUCUUCUACUGAUGACGAUGGCAUUAUUUCUUGGCACUGGGAAUUACAACAAGGACCAUUAGGAUACGAACCUCAACUGAAAGAUACUCCGACUCUACAACUAAAUGAUCUUACAAAACCUGGAAAUUACACUUUCAAACUUACUGUAACAGAUACGGAUAAAGAAAUCAGUAGUCAAACAGCAAAUAUAACUGUUUUAGCUGGUACUGAUUAUCCACCAGAAGCCAAUGCAGGCGAAGACAAAAUAAUUUACCUUCCUCACAAUUCCAUAACAUUGAAUGGAAGUAUGAGCUUAGAUGAUCACGCAAUUACAACUUGGGAAUGGACAAAAUCUCCCGACGAUGCCAACAAAGCCGUCGAUAUGCAAGACACUCGAACUCCGAUUCUUAAAUUAUCGAAUUUGGAAGAAGGAAUUUACACUUUUAUUCUAAAAGUUACCGACAGUGCAGGUCAAUCCAGUACAGCUCAGGUUCAUGUUUUUGUCAAACCGCCAACUAACAAACCACCUGUAGCAAACGCUGGUCAAAAUAUCACUAUAAGUUUACCACAAACUUGGGCUGUUAUCGAUGCUUCAAACAGUACUGAUGACAACAAAAUAAUGGCUUUCAAAUGGGAACUUUUAGAAGGACCGUCAUCGGUAACGUUCGAAAAUUCGAAUUCCAGCAAAACCAACGUCACAGGACUUACCAAAGGAAUGUACACGUUUAAAGUUAGCAUCACAGAUGAUAACAAUAAUGUUGCCAGCGAUAAAGUUUAUGUUAUUGUUAACCAAAAUAAAAAUCAAAAACCAACUGCUGACGCCGGACCAGAUUUCGAAGUGGAACUUCCUAAGAACAUAGUCACCUUAAACGGUUCGAAUUCGAGAGACGAUUGGGAAAUAGUCAAAUGGAAAUGGAUCAGAGACCCUAGUUCACUAGCUAUCGGUAAUAUUGCCGAAAAAACCGACGAAUCACCAAUAUUAAUCCUAACCGAUCUCGCUGUCGGUAAAUAUGUGUUUAAUCUAACAGUUUUCGACGAGCAAGGAUUAAGUGAUAGUGAUAAGGUCACGUUGACCGUCAAAAAUGAUCCCAAGAUGUACCAUUUAGUUGAACUGACGGUGGAUUUGGACGCUAAAACUUUGACGCAAGCUCAGUACGAUUUGCUGACGGGAAAACUGGCUUUGUUGAUUAGGGAUGGAUUAAAAUUACAGAUUAGGAGCGUUCGUCCAUCAGAAGAAUCCGGAAAUGCUCUAAUAACUUUCUACGUAGACGAUACCUCCGGGAAACCCGCACCAGCAAAUGACGUUGUGCAUUACUUGCGUCAGAAAUUACACGUGGAUGCCAGCCUUCUGGGAUUUUCUGUUGAAAAACUCCAAACGAGCAUAUGUCAGAAUAAUUGUUCAGGUCACGGAGUUUGCGAUGAACUUACUAGAAAAUGCAAAUGCGAAGCUUUCUGGAUGCAAGACAUGUUCAAAGUUUAUUUGAAAUAUCAGGAAGAUUCAGAUUGCAGUUGGAGUAUACUAUACGUGGUUUUGGGUUUGGUUUGCGGAGUUCUGACAUUUUUGGGUAUAUUAUGGGGAAUGGUGCAUUUAUGUUACACUUUUUGUACGAAAAGGGGAGUCAACACGAAACCCACAACUUAUAAGCUUAUUGCAGAUACCGAAGAUAUAUCACAAUUUGGAUCGAAGAAAAGCAACUUUUCUGAUAGCGAUACCGAUUCGGAUGUAGUUUUCGAGUCCCGUUCGAAACCACCCCGUUUUUCCGAUACCAGAAACGGCCAUAAACCGACGAGGAACGGAUACACAAAACAAGGCAGAAGAAUAAAAACUUAGUAUCAGUAUUUAUUAGGUAUUAUUACAAAGUUUAUUCCAAUGAUGUGAUGUAAUUUUUUUAAUUGUGAUUUUUCGUUUUAAUUUUAAAUCUACUCACUAUGCUGCAACGUUGUGCGGUGGUGCCACUUUUAGUCACAUAUUCCGGAUCAUUUUUUCUUAUUUUUUGAAAAAUUUUUGUUAUCAGCUUUUGAAAUUAAUCACAGGAUUAAAAUUUUAUUAAAAAAACCACUGGGGAUAAGUUUUCACCGUCCACAUUGAUGUUCGGUAGGGGAGACUGGGAUUACAAUUAAUUUCGAAAUGAUCUACAAUACGGAUACAACUGUUGAUUCAGUUACUCAUAUAUCCUGGACAUAAGAGAAAUUAUGCUGAAAAUUGGAUAUUUCUUCUCAAAUUAGUCAGGUCCGGGCUACCAAUACGACAUCUUGGAAGUAGGAAUCGACAAAAUAGACAUCAAUUGAUACAGAUCCAUUUGUUUGUUCUUUUUUUGGGAUAUUUAAUUUUUUUGGUGACACAUAAUGAUUGAUUUCCAUCUGUAAACAGAGUUUUAACCCUCUAAAGCGGACUUAGAUUUCUUGCCACCUCUACUGAUCUCUGAAAUUUUAUACCUACAAUGUAGAGACUUUUAAGUAUUAAGUAUAUGAUACUAUAUUUAAAUUUUUAUUUCUGUAAAAUUUCAAAACUCUUCUUCUCUGAGGGAACAAUAUGAAAUGUCAAACAUAAUUUUUUUGGUUAGUUGUUCACAUUGUCUGGAAACUUGGAUUCAAAUUUCAAAAGUCUAAAACCCUUUAAUAAUUAAACAUUUUUGCUAAUUCAUUAUUAUUUCAUUAAAUUUAAUUAUAAAAAGUUCUGUUAACAUAUUCAGAGUCGUUGUUCGGAAUACGGAAAAACCAUUUGAAGACAUAAAAAGUCAAAUAUUUAAUUCUAAUUUUAUUUAUUUUCAAUCUCUAUUAUCAAGAAUUCUUGCUAUUACUAUAUACAUAAUUUCUAUAUAUUUAUCGGUUGCUGAGUAUUCUUUCAAGUUCUUUCCUUUUUUGUUUAAAUUUGGACUCUAUACUAUAGAAAAAUAAAAAAAAAUCACUAGUAUCAUUAAUUUGUCUCAUUUGGUCCUCAACAGCAUUAUAAACAUAAAAUUAUCCUUAAUUACUUUCUGCAUCUUUAAUUAUAUUUUGCUAACGUGAUUCUAUUAAUCCUUGAAAUGCACAAGGCCCCGGUAGGGCGGCGCAAGCACCAUCUGUUGAGCAGUCAAGACAACAAGGUAUCGGCCAUGUUGUUGAUGCGCUUCGUGAAAAAGAGGAGAAAGCUUUUGGCUAUUUUGAAAGGAUAUAGUGAGAAAUUGACUCAUCAUGACCGUAAGCACUAUCAGAAGAAAGUUCAGGAGUGUGGUUGUUUUCCGUACGUUUACAACCAAGAAGCUAUGAAGAAUUACAAGCGUUUAAAAGCUCACAAUUUCCUCACCUCUAAACUUGUAUUUCUUCGUCGUAUGAAUGUGCUGCUAGGGGAACGUAUGAUAGUGCUUGACAUUGUUUGUAUUCCACUUGUUGUGCAUGCGGUCCGAAUAACUUUUCUUCUCACUUUCAUUGCUUUCAAUUCUCCUAAAUCAUUUUAUAUGUGUUACUAUAUCUUUCCAUUCGAUGAAACAAUAUACAAUUGAAUAGUGUUUCUUUCUUUCCACUUGAUUUCAAUUUUCCUGCUGAAAUUUAUGUCUUGAGUCACUAGGUAGUAAUUGAGAUUAUUUUCAGAUAUUUAGAUAUCAAACUAAUAAAUUCAGGGUCUCAGAUCAUCUUUGACAAUUCGAUAUUGCCAGUCUUGUUCAGAUUCAUUAUUUCCUUUGAGAAAAAUCUAAAAUUUUCUCUAUUAUAUUCAUUUUGUACAAUUUCAUCAGGAACGUGGAUUUAUGGUCCGUGUAGAGUAGAUGUAAAAAAAGCAAUAUGGGUAAUUGUUGAUAGAAAUUUCACUCGCCUCACGACUCUAUCCUAUGAAUACAGUUCACUACAGCGCAAUUCACCAUUUCAGUAAUUCUUUGAAAGAAUUAAAAAAUGAAAGUAUGGUGCUAUGAUGGUUUGUUAACAAAAAACGCAUCAACAAUAUGGCUGACGCCCAGUUAUCGUAUCUGAUUGUUAGAUGGCGCUCAAGUCGCAGUGGCAAAAAAUGCAACCCGCGUGAAUCGUGCAUUCUAAGGGCGAGUUGACUUAUGGACCGUUGAGCUAGUAAAUAAGAGUAUAAUUGAAUAUGAUACCAAAGAAUUUCGGGGAGUAUUUUUAAUUAUUACACUUUCAAUUAAAAUUAGUGUAACAAUUUGAAUUCAAUUUUAAUCAAAUUUUGUUUAUUGAACUUACACAAUUUUCAUUGCUGAUCACUGAUCUAGGGAAAAUUUAAAAUUGAACAAUAAAAGUUUUGUUCUAACUUAAUUUAAAUUAUAUUAUUAGCUAAUGACAAUUAACUAAUAUUACAACGUUGUCGCAUGACUAUUAAUGUGUUAAGUUUCCACUAAUUUUACCCAGAAAGUGUUUUUAUAUUGUAUUUUGACUGUACGGAUAUAAAACGUGUAAAUUAUUGAAUUUUUAUUUAUGAAAAAUAAAUGUAUGUGACAAAAUAUUUGUAUUUGCCUUUUUAUUAUAUUGUGAAAAUGUUCUAGUCUCAGAAACGCUCUAAAAAGGUUUUGUAUGUCUAGGAUCGAAGUUUUGGAUUAUUUUUUUGUUCCGGCUUCAUUUUUUCAAUCAUUAAUACAAUGAGCAUGUAUGAUGCUUUUAAUCCGCUCAUCAAUUUUCUAUUUAUGAAUAUUUUUGACACAAAGAAUAGUGUAAUGAAGAAUGUAAUUGUUACUUCAUUUUUAGAUGUUACAAAUAUUGUACUUAAUAAAAUCGGUACUCUCAACA